AUGUCGAGCGGAAAGACUAUCGAGCUUAAAAACACGGCUCAGCCCGGCCUCAAGAUCCCCCAGAUCGGCUUCGGCACCUGGCAGUCAGCACCCGGCGAGGUCGAGAAGGCCGUCGCCGAGGCCCUCAAGGCUGGUUACAGGCACAUUGACGCGGCUCUCAUCUACCAGAACCAGCCCGAGGUUGGGGAGGGUAUCAAGAAUGCCGGCGUCCCUCGCGAAGAGAUUUUCAUCACCUCCAAGCUCUGGAACAACAGCCACCGUCCGGAGCGGAUCGAGGCCGACCUCGACCGCACGCUCAAGGAGCUCGGCACCGACUACCUUGACCUGUACCUCAUCCACUGGCCCGUUCCCUUCAAGCCCGGCAAUGAUCUUUUCCCCAAGGAAGACGGCCAGCUGGCUAUCGACUGGGACGCGCCCUCGAUCUCAGAGACUUGGAAGGAGGUUGUGCGUAUCUUCAAGGAAACUAAGAAGGUGCGCGCCGUCGGCGUGUCCAACUUUACCAUCUCGCACCUCGAGCAGAUCAUCAAGGCUACUGGCGAAGUGCCCUCUAUGAACCAGAUCGAGGUCAACCCCAACAUCAUCCAGGACGACCUGUACAAGUACUGCGCGGACAAGGGCAUCACCAUCACGGCGUACUCGCCUCUCGGUAACAACGUGACUGGCAAGGCGCGCGCCGUCGACGCCGACGUCGUUAAGGAGGCUGCCAAGCGCGUCGACCGCGAUGUCGGCCAGGUCCUCAUUGCGUGGGCGGCCAAACAGGGCUUUGUGGUCAUUCCCAAGUCUGUUACGCCGUCGCGUAUCGCGUCCAACUUCCAGACGUUUGAGCUUGGCGACAACGAGUUCCAGGAGAUUAGCGCGUGGGGCCACAAGAACCGCGUUCGCUCCAACACGCCCUGCGAGUACAACCCUCGUUGGCCAAUCGACGUGUUUGGUGAGGCGGUUGAGCAGCAGUACAAGAAGGUGUGGUAG